AUGUAUCCUACAGUGAAUGAAACCGAUCAUGAUCAUGUAUAUGCAGCUAAUAAUCAUAGCCAUCCCCCUCAUGGCUAUGUUCUACAAAUGCCAAGUUAUGGCAUACCACAACCUUAUCCUCCUCCUCCUCCUCCAUAUAUCAGCAACAGUUCAAGGGCCAUCCCUAGAACACAUCACUGGUCAACUGGUCUAUGCCGUUGUCUUGAUGACCCUGGAAUCUGUUUGGUUACUUGCUUCUGCCCUUGUGUUACUUUUGGAUUGAUAUCAGAGAUAGUAGAUAAAGGCAAUUCAACUUGCACUUGUAAUGGAACAAUUUAUGGGGCACUACUGGCUAUGACAGGACUUGCAUGUUUGUAUUCAUGUUAUUAUAGGUCCAAACUGAGGGCACAAUAUGACUUGCCAGAGGCACCUUGUAUGGAUUGCUUAGUUCAUUUCUGUUGUGAAACUUGUGCUCUUUGUCAGGAAUAUAGAGAGCUCAAAAACCGUGGAUUUGACUUGAGCAUAGGGUGGGAAGCUAACAUGGAAAGACAAAGACAAGGAUCAGUUACAGCUACAGUGGCACCACCUAUGAUUUCACCAGCUAUGACAAGAUGA